AUGUCUGUUCAUACUUCGCUGGAUGACUUGAGUCUUGACAUUCGUAAGCCUGCAGUUUGUGUUACCCUCAUAAGCAAAUGGGUCACAAUUACUGGUACAAUGUUAAAGAAAUCAGCCAUGGUAUUUGCUGAUCAGAAAGGAACUACGAUAGAAGGAACUCUAUAUGAAGAGUUCAAAGCUUCAAAUCAAAUCACCAUGGAUGAAGGUGAUUGGUUUGUAAUUCGAAACUUCAAAUUGACCACUUUUUGA